UGUACAUGUGACAUUUCCAUUACUAUCAUUCUGGUUUGUCAAGAAAUUAAACAUGUUCAAAUAAAUUUACAGUUUACGUUUUUUUAUGUAAUUUCUUUUGCAUAGAACGACGCUUUUGCGUUAACUUUUAACCCAGUUUUGUAAAUAGCGACCUGGUUGCAGGAGGAUUUUGGAGAGGCGCGAAAGAGGCUGAUGGCUGUAACAAUGGAGUUGGAGGAGAGCGCCUCUGACUCGAAGAUACCUAGAGAAAGCAGCGUAAAAAAAGAAAGACGUCCUUCCAGCGCUGUGUCUCUCAAGACAAGUGAAUAUGGGCCAGUUCAAGUUCAAGAGUCAAGUUCAGCAGAGCAGUUGAAACAGUACAAGUCGUGGGUCAGCUCGGAGCGAUGGAAUGACUUGAAGAAAAUCGCGGAGACCGCGAUGAAGGAACGGAAAGUAUUCAUGAUCAAGGGUGGAGGGUUCCCCGCGGUCCGGAGGGCGCUGCUCGAAAGGGGAUGGGUCGAGAAAUAUGAGUCUAGUAAGGUUCGCCAUCCUCCUAUAAACAGUGAUCCAAAAAAAGCCACAGGAAAAGAGCUCUCCCGGGUUGAAAGGAUGAUCCUGUACAAAUUUAUGGAGCAGCAUUCAGUCGAUUUUCUAUGGACCACGAAGAGAGACAAAUACGACUGGUUGCUAAGUAAUAAAGAAGUUAUUAUUAGCAGGUUCUCCAGAUCUAUAUUUACAACCAAAGAAGGCUUGACGACGUCUCUAACCCAAAUGCAUUGGUAUACUGAACCAGGUACGGCAGUAACUAAGUUUCCGCGUAGCUACAACAUCCAUAAUUCCGAUAGCCUGGAGGAGUUCAUCGACGAUUUCAGAAUCACGGCCUGUAUUAGUGUCUUGAAAUGGCUUUGCAACACCCUGCAAAAGAAAGAGGAACAAAAUUUGGUUACAACUCAUGGAAAAGUGCCGUUUACUGCAAUUGACUUCGCUCUCUGUAGACUCAACGAAUAUGUAACGUUUUACACACACAAAGACAUCGACGAUACUGAAGAUCAGAUGACACAUGUGUGGGAACAUGAAUGGGAUCAAUUUCUAACACAUCAUUAUCUUCUUGUACAUGAGAAAGCGAAAUUUACAGAUGAUAAAAACUAUAAUAUAAGGCAACUAGAAAGAAGAGCUGCGAAGCUUUUAUCAAUGAUGACGAAAUUUUGGCCUCAAAUCGAUAUCGACGGUGUUCUUAAUAUAUGGAUUGUGAAGCCUGGCAACAAGUGCCGUGGGCGCGGAAUUCAGCUCAUGAACAAUAUCAAAGACAUAAUAGGUCUCAUAAAUAUACCAACUCAGAAAACUCGAUAUGUCGUUCAAAAAUAUAUUGAAAAUCCGCUCGUCAUUUAUAACACAAAAUUUGACAUACGGCAGUGGUUUUUAAUCACAAAUUGUCAGCCCCUCACAAUCUGGGUCUACAGGGAUAGUUAUUUAAGAUUUAGCUCUCAAAUAUUCAGCUUGUCUAAUUACCACGAAUCCGUGCAUCUUACCAACAAUGCCGUCCAGACGAAAUAUAAAAAUACUGGGGAGCGGGAUAAAGCUUUGCCGGACGAAAAUAUGUGGGACUGCCAUUCUUUCAAGGCUUACCUAAGACAGAUAGGGAAGUAUGAAAUGUGGGAAAAUAAGAUUUUCCCCGGUAUGAAGCAGUGCCUCAUUGGAGCUAUGUUAGCCUGUCAGGAUAGCAUGGAUAAGCGGCAGAACAGCUUCGAACUAUAUGGCGCGGACUUCAUGUUGACUGAAGACUUCACUCCAUGGCUCAUUGAGAUCAACUCGAGUCCAGACAUGGCUGCCACUACUUCAGUCACGGCUAGAUUGUGUCCUCAAUGCUUGGAAGAUGUCGUAAAAGUUAUACUUGAUCGUCGUCAUAAUCCUGAUGCAGAUACGGGCACAUUUGAAUUAGCCUACAGACAAGUAGUCCCGAAGGCACCCGCCUAUCUCGGCUUAUCCCUAUGUAUAAACGGCAAGAAACUUCUUAAAAAAUCGAAGGAACGCAGACACGAGCCCCGCAAUGUCACACCCGUAGCACCCCAGGAGCCUGCAGGAGACUACACUGGAUUUGACAAAGACCAACCAGUGCCUGCUGAAUACAGUGGACCGAUCAUCACUGACUUCCUUUCGUGGCUCAAUCCUUACGAUACCAUACCCAUGAACAAGGAUGGAAUAGUUUUAGGGCCAAAGGAUUCACUGACGGACUCACCGAGGAAAACGAGAAAAAAAUACAGAAUAUAGAAGACGUGUCGUUCCACACUCGUGCUGCCGGCCCGAUGAAGGUCAAACUGGUGUCCUCGCCGGUAAAUACCGGACAGAGUCAGCCAGCAAAGCCAACAGACAGAAAGUAGACAGAUCGGUUGGUAACAAGAGAUGUUAUAUAGAUCCCGUGGAGUGGGAGCGAGAAACGGCUAGUAUUUUGCGUUCAACAAUAUCGGUUCAAAAUAAAUUAUCGAAUAGGUCGAAUCUAGCCUCGACGACCUGCCUAGAAGAGCCUAGUCUUCCUCUUCGUCAGUCGAAAUCUGGCUCUAUUAAAUCACCAAUGGCUCCUCAAAGGUUGCGCAAAAACGUUGACGAUUCCGAUCCUAUCAAGAAAUUGAGCGCCAUUGGAAGGAAUAUUUGUAAGUUAAGAGAUGAAAACAGGACACAAGAAGGAAUUUCUUUGUCUAAAAGUUGUUCUUCUAUCUAUCCCUAUCGCGUCGUGAGCACACCAGUAAACAACGAACUGCGCAAUGCGAAAUAAACCACCAACUUUUCUAUUUUCUUGUCCCAAAUUAUAAGUGGUGUUCAAACCAUACAACUUUAUUCAUAUAAAUUACAUACAUUCUUUCUGAAUAAGCUUUACCUAAGAUUUUGUAUUUGCUAUCGAAUUUUGUUGACAAAUGCAUUAAGUUGAUAAGAUCCACUAACUUUAUAUGGGGCAGAAAAUAUUUAAUGAGCUAUCAUGAAUGCGGAUUUGCGUGACAAGCCGCCGACACGCCGCCAGUGCGUUUGUUUUAUUGAAAACACGCAGUGUUGUAAAAUGUUUGGCUUCGUAUAAGAGUGAAUAUUUAACUACUCAUAUUUUUCUGGCUGUUAAAUUUUUAAAUUCUAUCCAAGAAAUUACAUUAUUUUUAGUGAUAAGAUGAUUUUCUUUCAGUUUCAGGUCCUCCUUCCAAUCCCGACUCCUCACCCCAUCUCCCAAGAUUGACUUAAUUGUAAAAGUAAAGGAAAUCGGUUGUAUUACA